AGUUUAACUGGGCCCCCGUGUGGCACUGGACUUGGUGGGGCCCGUGUCCAUGGUCGUCUCCCUUGUCCAUCGUCUAUCUUCUCCCCCAAAUCGCAUUCUCAUCGCACCGCACGAGCUACGGAUCUGCGGCCCGACGACUACGACGACGGGGAGGUAGGGGACGAAUCGUUGCAAGCAACGAGGUCAGAACUAAGGAGGCCGAUCCAUCCUCCAGCCUCCGAUCCCAUCCGACGACAUGGUCUGCGUCGCGUGCCUGCUGCCGCUCUUCCUGAUCCCGGUGGUCAACGCCCUCCCUUACCUCAUCGACCUCAUCAUCAGCAAGGUGUAUCGGCUAUUUGGAUGGGAGUACCGGAGACCUGAAAGAGUCCCACCUGCAUGUCCAUACAAGCCUGCAGCUCAGAAGAACGAUGAGGGUGCGAGUGAAUCAAAACCCCUGGCCGAACCGCACGGUGCUGGUGCUGCGGCGGCAGAAGAUAAGAAAGUGGAAUGAUGCAGCAGGCGCUUAAAAUGGUGGCCACGGCUCUGUGUGGUUAGCUAAGAAACAAUAAUUGUUGUGGAUGGUUAUGUACUUGGUUGAUGGGUUGAACUUGUUAUGACACUCCGGAUCCUUACCAGUUGCAUUACUAAUCACUGCUGCUGGUCUGGUCUGUCUGAAUAGAAGGGAGUUGAACUUGCAGUCGCAAAUGUAAUAGCGAGAGUGAAUCUUGUUGUCCAAGGCUUUCGUAUAGAAUAUAAUGCUUGAAUAAUGAGC